AUGCCGUCUUUCUACAACCCUGGCCUUCAUGGCCUGCCACCUACACCACCCCAUUUCCACGCAUCCGACAAGAUGGAGGUUGAUCAGCCAUUUUACGUCGCCGGCCAGCCUGUUUUUCCUCCCCGAUACUCGCAGACGGGCUCUGAGUUUAUUGAGCAGUACUCCCAGGCCACUUGUUUCGUCAAAGCUGCUCCAAUGAAUUCUCACUCCCAGUCGAUCGGCCAACUGCGCCCCGGACGUGACUUUGCUGCAUUGCCCCAGAGCAUCGCGCAACCACAGUUAGGAGCCCAGCAACCUGUGUACGGAUCAAUUGCGACUGCACCCACACUGCCACCUAUUAGGUCCAAUGUACACACCUUCGCCGACAGCGCAAUUCCACCGCAAUACCGCCAUCCGGAUGUUUCAAUCGAGCAUCGCCCCAAAGAAGAAAAGCCAACUGGAGGUGUCGCCGCUCAUCUGGACUACGAGAUCGAUCAAAUGUCGGAUUUUGUUGCCGAAAUGGCCCAGGGAAUUGUCUACCCAGGACAGACAGUUGUUCCACCCCCGUUUCGGAAAUAUGUUCACCAAAUCCUUUCUUCGACUCGUCUCCCUAGUUCGACCAUCUUGUUGGGUCUCCUUUAUCUGGCAACUCGGAUGCGUAUGCUCUCCGCCAAAGGAAUUUACGCGUCUGGCACUGGCCAAGUAUACAGGAUGCUGACGACAGCUCUGCUAUUGGGCAGCAAGUUCCUCGACGACAAUACCUUUCAGAACCGCUCUUGGGCUGAAGUCAGCAAUAUCUCCGUGACGGAAUUGAACUCGAUGGAAUUGGACUGGCUGUUUGCCUUUGAGUGGAAGAUUCACGAGCGCAUUCACAACAAGGAAGAUGGUUUUGGCGUGUGGCUGGCCCGUUGGGAAGCUUACCGGGCGACAUUGAUCUCCAGAGGAAACCCGAGUCGUCAGAAGUUGGCGCCCAUUGACACAAAUAUCACUAGGCAGCUCAAUAUUCCCAAGCCCCUCAUGUCUCCCGAUGGCCCUAUCCCACCGCAAUAUCAACGGCCGACCAACUUUGAAAACACUUGGCUGAACCCGGCUGCUUGUGAAUACUCUCCUCCAUCCGCUCCACACAGUGGUCCCAACACACCGGACUAUUACAACGUCGGAACAUGGAUGCACAACAACCCCCCACCUCCGUACACGCGUUCUUGGGUGCCACAACAUUAUCUUGCCGCUUCUCAUCCACCCCGCUCACAGCCACCUUCUUACCACCACACGCCAGUUUAUACUGUAUCCCUAAGCAACUCAGGUUGGACUGGUCAUGGUUCAUCGUGUGGUUGUAACUACUGCAUUAAGCAUCAGGAGCACUAUUUCCCUGCGAAUACUUUCGGUUCUAUUCCGCCUUUGGUGGCAAGUUGA